AUGGGGCAUCCCGUGGGCGGCGGCGAGGGGAGCCCUCGCGCCGGCGGGGCGCAGAAGCCGCGCGUCGACUUCGCGCUGGCCGUGCCCGGCCCGUCGCCCCAGGACGCCCAGACGGGCGGGGCCGGUCAGCCCCCGGAGCUGGCCGCGCCGCGGCUGCCGGCGGGCGCGGCCGAUCCCGCGUGCCUCGCAGUUGGCCGCGCGGAGGCCCUGUGCGGCGCGGAGGCCUCGCCGUCGCCGCGCUCGCCGAUCCAGCGCAGGCCUUCCCGGCGCAUGUCGUCUGGCAGCGGCGACAGCCAGCCCGUGAGCGGCGCCGAGGCGUCCCAGGACUCCAUGUUCGGGGAGUACAUCCGGCAGGUGACCCCCGACGUCGACGCCCUGUUCAUGGGCCAGCCAGGUCGCAGGCGUCUGGGCGUGCUCCUCGAGAGUUCCGCGGUGAAGCUGCUGAUCGGGCUCUCGGCCGUUGCCAGCUUCGUGGGCGUGGUCAAGGAGACCGACUCGCGCGCGACAGGCAGCCCCCUGCCUGACUGGUUGGCGAUCAUGGAGUACGUCCUCUUUACGGUCUUCUCCGUGGAGCUCGCAGUCCGCUUCUACGUCGAGAGGUGGGAGGCGCUGCGCAGCCUGUACACCAUCGCCGACAUCGUCGUCGUCUGCACGGCGGCCGCCGAGUACAUUCUCGUGGGCAGCGGCGUGGACUCGGGGCUGUCGACGGUGAAGAUGUUGAGACUGUCGAGGAUGCUGAAGCUGGUGCGGGUGGUCUACCGGGUGCCCUUCUUCGUCGAGCUGAGGAAACUCAUGUACAUGAUCAGCAGCUGCUUGAAGACCCUAUUCUGGUCGUUCCUGGUGCUAGGGAUCGUCAUGACCAUGUGGUCGAUCGUAGCGGUGGAGCUUGUCCACCCCAGAGUCCUGGAGUUGGCGUCGCAAGGCCAGUGGUCUGACUGCGAGAGGUGCAGCAGGUCGUUCUCCAGCGUCUUCCACGCCAACAUCACCUUCUUCCAGACGAUCGUGGCCGGCGACAGCUGGGGCGUCAUGGCCAUCCCCGUCAUCGAGGCCCACCCGUGGACCGCCUUCAUAUUCACCGGGGCCCUCCUGACGCUCGUGUUCGGCGUUCUCAACGUUAUUGUGGCCGUGGUCGUCGACGCCUUCGCGGAGGCGCGAGCGAAGGACGUCUUCACACGGGCGCGGGAGCUCGAGUGGGAGGAGCGGGAGGAGAAGAAGGCGCUGUCCACCAUCUUCAAGAAGAUCGACAAGGACGGCAACGGCUCCCUGGACUUCGAGGAGCUGAAGGACGGGGCAAGGAAGGUCGAGCAGUUCAGCCACUGGCUCCGCGUGCUCGACAUCGACGCCAGGGACCUGGAGGAGAUGUUCUCCAUGCUUGACCGCGACGGCUCUGGCGACAUUGACACGCACGAGUUCGUGGAGUGGAUGUACAGGAUGAAGAACACCGACUCCAAGACUGUCUCCCAGUUCAUCAAGCAGAAGCUCGCGAAGGUGGUGGAGAGGGUUGACGGGCAGGAGAGCAGCUUCGAGACGAACCUGUCUGGCAUCUCGCAGCUCCAGGCGGAGAGCCUGCGAAGGCUGGAGAGGGCGGAGAAGCGUGCGGAGGCGCAGGAGAGCGCCUUCGAGUCCCGCCUGUGCGAGGUCUCGAAGCUCCUGGCGGAGAGCCUGCAGCGGAGCGAGUCGAUGCACAGGGGCAUAGAGGAGGGCCUCGCCGAGGUGCGGCGGCAGGUGCACGACUCCCUGAGCACCGCGCUCUCCCCGCGGCCCCUG